AUGGCGUGGCAUAAACCCAAUGGCCUCACCCAGGCCAUGCAAUCUCUCCGCUUAACUUCCGCCAUCUCCAAUUCCUCAAUCAACGCCUCCCGACCAACCUUCAACGCCCUCCGCACUCGUACCUACGCAACCGAGACCGAGACGGCUCCGGUCCCCGCAGCCCCCGAAAUUGACUUCGGAUCAUUUGCAUACAAGCCUGCUCGUAUCAUCCCUGCAUCCAAAGCCUACUUCUCCGGCAGCCCGCGAUUCAUUGAUGCCCUGCUGGAGCUCGAAGCCCUGCAGGCCAGACAUGCCGGACUCCCAACCGUGGCACCUGCCGAGGCGCCGCGCAUGGCUUGGUUCAAACUUCCCCAGUUCCGUGACUUUGUGGGAGAGCCAGUACCCAACAAGAAAUACAAGUCCCUGGUCAAGAUCCUGCAACAGUUGAACCGUAUCCAGCCCGAGUUCGUCCCUACCGAAGUGCGCGACACUUUAAACAAGUUCUUGCGUCCCGGUAACCCAUACUCCAAAGAGAUUGUCACUCGCACUGUGGAUGAAUCAGGACUUGCGCGCGGCAAGGGAAAGAGAAAGGAAUCACACGCUGUCGUGCAGCUUGUUGAGGGCGAGGGUGAGGUGAUGGUCAAUGGAAAGAAUAUCGUGGAUGUCUUCAGCCGUAUCCAUGAUCGCGAGAGCGCACUCUGGGCUCUACGAGCCACACAGCGUAUGGAUAAGUAUAAUGUCUGGAUUAAAGUCAAGGGUGGUGGUGUUACCGGCCAGGCCGAGGCUAUCACAUUGGCCGUUGGUCGUGCUUUGCUGAUGCAUGAGCCCGGCUUGAAGCCUAUUCUCAGGAAAGCUGGUACCAUCACUGUCGAUCCUCGUCGCGUCGAGAGGAAGAAGCCCGGUCAUGUCAAGGCCCGCAAGAUGCCCACCUGGGUCAAGCGUUAA